GCUGCCGGUGAGAAGAUCUUCAAGCAGAAAUGCGCCCAGUGUCACACCGUUGAUAAAGGCGCUGGCCACAAGCAAGGGCCCAAUUUGAAUGGACUAUUCGGCAGACAAUCUGGUACCACUCCUGGUUACUCUUACUCUGCUGCGAACAAGACCAAGGCUGUCUGCUGGGAAGAGAAAACGCUAUAUGAUUACUUGCUCAACCCUAAGAAGUAUAUUCCUGGAACAAAGAUGGUUUUCCCUGGAUUGAAGAAACCUCAGGAACGCGCAGAUCUCAUAGCUUAUCUGAAGGAUUCAACUGCCUGAAUUGCGUUUUGUAGCCAAAGGAGAUUUUUUUUAGUAGUAAUGGAUGGAUACACACCCGUUACUCCAGUUUCAAAUUCUUUUGCCAAUAAUACCAACCAUCAUAAACUGUCUUUGUGACUUUAUUCUUUCUCUGGUCUGGUAUAAAACUAUAAAUACAGGCUAGCAGAAGAUUGACUUUAUCUACUGUAUGACUUCUUAAAACUAUAUUUCAAGUUUUUUGCUACUUCAAAUGCACUUCUUUUUCAUUGCAUCGGGGUAAAAAUGCAUAUUUAUGUUACAUUGGAUGCAGUUGUUUGCAUCUUGUAAGCUA